UUCUGCCAGCGCAAGUUACACGACCCCUUGUUCACUCGUGCCCAGUCCAGCCCCCAACAAGAGAGCUUAAGUAUGGCGGGACUCGGACUUGAAGAACUUGAAGUUCCAGUUGGUAUCGACGCGGAGCAGGAGCUUGGGGGUAGCGCGAGGGGAGAGCCCAAGGCGCCGACGAAAGACGUGGUGUAUUUCUUUGCGACGGGCGACUGUGUGUUUCUUGUUGAAAACGUGUUGUUCAAGAUUCACAAAGAGCGGCUCACGAGAGAACCUGACCCCGACUGUUGUUUCCGUGGUCUGUUCAGCAGCGCUCGAGACCAAGGAAUGAGCACCAUGGGCGAAAUCGAUAGCGUUUAUGAGGACGACGGUGGGGGACGAUUCGAGAUCAUCCCGAUUGAUGACAAGCUCGUGGAUUUCCGCGCCCUGUGUUGGGUGCUCUAUGCGCUCCCUGGCGACAUCCAACAGCAAAACGAAUCCGGAGCUGACAUAUCUCGGUUGGUGUCUGUGGCCAAUAUGGCGCACAAGUACAUGAUGCCGUCGUACGAAGCGUGGGCGUUGUACAUGAUCCAUAUCCACGGGCAGGCGCCUCACAAUUAUUUCGACACGUGCUCGCAGGAGAUGCUUUACCGCGUGUUCGAGGCAGGGCUAGAUGGAGGACGGGACGACAUUUGUGUACUUGUGGAGGCUCGGUGGAUCCCGCGCUUGAGGAAGGAUGAGUUGCGCUUGAGAGAUGCGCUUGAUUUCGGAGAGAAACAUGGCCGUCGCGGGUUCUUGGGAGAGGCGUAUUACCAGCAGGCAUUGAGGAUGCCCUCGUUCGUUCCAAUGAUCGGGAAAGCCCAGUGGCUGGACUUUACGCAGUCAGAUCUCACCGAGAGGCAGCUUGGCACCCUUCUGCGCGGAUUCUGCUCGUUGUCGUUGCUGUGGCAAAACCUAGGCCACGCACAAUCCCAUGUAUCCGGGUGUGGUUACUCUAGUCGGAACCCGCUAUCUGACGCGCUUGCACUUCCCCGCCCUGGUGCUGACAGCAACAAUCCUCUUCUGUUUCCCGACAUGCGUCAGGCGCUUGGCAACGCUAUUGAGGCCUGCAAAAGGGAGUAUUGUCACUGCCGGAGAGACUACCUCACGGCUGUUCAAGACGAGUUUUGUCUCGAGCAUUUCUUCCUCGGAGUGUAG